UCUUCUCUUAGGAUUUUCUCUAGGAAGAUACCGUACUGCAUGACUCAAUUUUGAGACAUUUGUUAGAAAAGCGAAAAUAUUGGAUAGCUAAUUAAAGAAAAUAAUGUGUUAUUUUGGACAUGUCGGUGAAUAACAAAAACUUUACACCAUGGAGCACCAACAAAUUAAACAAACUCGACUAUCACGAAAUUGUGUCGAAUGAAAUUGAUUCUGUUUAUUGUGGACCGACCAUAAAGCGGCCCUUACACGUUCAAUAUUUUUGUCAAUACACAGUAUUGACGAUAUUGCUGCAAUACGUCAAUCCUCUCGUCAAUAUUUUAGCCCUUUACACGUUCAAUAAUUUUGUCAAUACACAGUUGCAUUUUCAUGAUCAUAAAUCAGAAUCAGUUUUCUUUUCAAACCGAUUGCGUCGAGUCCCAAAAAUGGAUUGUCGUAAAAAAGCUUGUGCAGCUAUAAUUAUAGCUCUUGGAUCAGAGCGACGUACAGCUCGUAGAUACUGGAUGAAGGAAUGGUUGAAAAAACGAGAAAAUUUUUCGCAUGUGGUUUUACUAAAGGAAAUAAGCUUAAAAGAGAAAGAAGAUUAUAGAAAUUACUUCCGCAUGAACGAAGAAACGUUCAUGAAGCUGCUAAGUUUAGUCAGCCCAUUCAUCACAAAACAGGACACAUUCAUGCGACGCAGUUUGCCUGCCAACGAGAAGCUUGCACUAACGCUGAGAUAUUUAGCGACUGGGAGAAGUUUUGAAGACUUAAAAUUCUCUGCAAUUAUGUCUCCAGCGUCGAUAAGUGCAGCAAUUAUAAACACGUGUGAAGCAUUGAUAUACGUCCUUCAAGAUUAUAUCAAGUUUCCCCAAACACCUCAGCAAUGGGAGACGAUUUCCAACGAUUUUGGAACAUUGCACAGAUUUUGGAACUGUGUAGGGGCCAUCGACGGAAAGCAUGUCGCCAUUCGCAAACCAGAUGAUUCCGGUUCUCAGUACUAUAAUUAUAAGGGAUUCUAUAGCAUUGUGCUGAUGGCAGUAGCAAACGCUAAAAAAGAAUUUUUGAUGAUCGACGUUGGCAUGAAUGGUAAGAUAUCUGAUGGCGGCGUUCUUUUCUAUACGAAAUUCGGCGAACUCCUACGUGAAAAAAGUUUGAACCUACCGAAUCCCGCACCGUUACCUCUAACUAAUGAGGAAUUUCCAUUUGUGUUUGUGGGUGACGAAGCUUUUGCUUUGGAUUCGAACUUGAUGAAACCAUACUCUCAAAAAUCGUUGGAUUGUUAUCGUCAAGUAUACAAUGAGAGACUCUCAACUUCUCGUGUAACAAUCGAAAACGUGUUUGGAAUAAUUACAUCCAGAUUCGGAAUAUUCCAAAAGCCAAUUAAUUUGAAUCCUGAAAAGGCUGCGAAAGUGACCAUGGCGGCGUGUUAUCUGCACAACUAUUUGGCAAAAGAAAAUACAAACUCGUAUCUCUGCAGCACCUCGAAUGAUGAAUCCACUUGCAAACCCAAUCUCAUGAGUAUUAGAGGUACAAUGAGCAGAAAUGGAACUGCGACUGCAAAGAAUAUUCGUGAUAGAUUCUGCAAUUAUUUCAACAGCAAUGGAAAAAUAUAAAUCGAUGUUUCUUUGGCUGUUAAACAAACCUAAAAAUGUUCGUUUGAAAAAAAAAAUAUAAUAAACAGCGUUUCGUUGAAUAUAUUUAAAUUAACAAUGAGUACCUUAUUACCUAGAUCAGGCGCCCUGAAAUUAAUUCGACAGAUGAUUUUAUGAUUCCUAAUA